AUGGCGGUGCGAGGAACAAUGGAGGAAUCAUAUGGAAAAUUGUCAUCAUACCUGUUCAUGUUGGCGAAGAAUAACUUAGGUACCAUAACUGACAUUCAGACGGAUGAGCAUGGCCAUUUCAGACAUAUGUUCAUGUCCCUAGGCUGCUCAAUCAGAGGUUUCAGGUAUUGUCGUCCAGUAUUGUGCGUCGAUGCUAGUUUUCUUAAACACAAGAUUGGAGGUCAAGUAUUGGUUGCGAUUGCAUUGGAUGCGAAUGAACAACUAUUUCCCGUUGCUUUUGGCGUCGUUGAUUUGGAGAAUAAUAACUCUUGGACAUAUUUCAUGCAACAAUUAAGAGUGGCAAUUGAAUUAGUCCCGUAUCUCGUCUUCGUAUCUGAUAGACACCCAAGUAUUGCCAAUGCUUUGUCCGCUGUUUUUCCAAAAGCACAUCACGCGGCAUGCACAUACCACAUCAAAAUGAAUAUUAUGGCCAAAUUUAAAACCGAUAACUUCCACGAUGAGUUUGAUAUGGCUUCACGCGCAUACAUAGUGCCACAGUUUCAUCAACAUUUUGACAAGAUCAAGACCAAGGACCCUCGUAUUGCUGCCUAUCUAGAACAGAUAGGAGUGGAGAGAUGGAGUCGUGCAUUUUUUCCUAGUUUUCGAUACAAUCAAAUGACAGCCGAGAAGGCCAGAUUCUACAACGUUAAUCCGCUUAACAGAUUCGAGUUUCAUGUGAAUGACGGUGAACAUGAUUUUCAAGUUGAUCUCCAAACUCGAACUUGUACUUGUAGGGCAUUUGAUCUAUCUGGUCUUCCUUGUAAACAUGCCCUUGCUACUGCCCGUUCUCGGAAAACUAUUCCAUAUGAGUACUGCUCAAGUUUAGAGAAUGAUUGCAUUGUUUAA